CUCGGCCCCUUCCGGCUCCUCCCGAAGCGGCGGGUGCCGGGGAUGCUGCGACUGGCGGGGCUCCGCGCCUCCGCCCUCCUGGCCACCCUGCGCCCUCCGGGCCUGAGCCUCCGCCUCAGCACCGCGACCAUGGAGCGCCCCGCCGCGGGAGAAAUAAAUUCCAAUGAAUGUGGAAGUGUGUUAAGAAAAAAGGAAGUGCCAGGGGAAGCAGAAGCCAGCACUGUGGAUUCUCUGAUGGACAUGCCGUUUGCAACUGUAGAUAUUCAAGAUGACAGUGGAAUCCCUGACGGGCCUCAAAUAAACUCAAAGAGGAGCAAAGAAAACGAAGGCAACAAGAGUGAUCACAGAAAGAAGAGGAAAAAACCCACAAAAGAUUAUCAACCGAACUAUUUCUUGUCUGUUCCAAUCACCAACAAAAAGAUUACCACUGGAAUUAAGGUCUUGCAAAAUUCGAUACUACAACAGGACAAGCGACUGGCCAAAGCCAUGGUUGGCGACGGCUCCUUUCAUGUCACCUUGCUAGUGAUGCAGUUAUUAAGCGAAGAUGAAGUAAACCUCGGCACAGAUGCGCUUUUGGAACUGAAGCCUUUCAUUCAGGAAAUCCUUGAAGGAAGGAACUUGACUUUGCCCUUCCAAGGGAUUGGCACUUUUGGAAGUCAAGUUGGCUUUGUGAAGCUGGCAGACGGGGAGCACGUCAAUGCACUUGUGGAGAUAGCGGAGACUGCGAAAAGAACAUUUCAAGAGAAAGGCAUCCUGGCUGGAGACAGCAGAAGUUUUAAGCCUCACUUGACCUUUAUGAAACUGUCGAAAGCACCCAUGCUCUGGAAGAAGGGAGUGAAAAAAAUCGAGCCUGGAUUGUAUGAACAAUUUAUCAACCACAGAUUUGGAGAAGAAAUUCUGUACCAGAUAGAUCUCUGUUCCAUGCAGAAGAAAAAACAAAGCAAUGGCUAUUACCACUGCGAGUCUUCGAUUGUGGUUGGUGAGAAGGACCGAGGGGAGCCUGAGGAUGCAGAACUGGUCAGGCUCAGUAAGAGGCUGGUGGAGAGCGCCGUGCUCAAGGCUGUCCAGCAGUACCUGGAAGAAACGCAGAACAAAAAGCAGCCUGCGGAGGGGAACGCCACGAAAGCCGAAGAGGGCGAGCGGAAUGGCGUUGGCAGUGAUAGCAACAGGAAAUGAGAGGGAACCUUCCGGCUGCUGCCACUCGGCUGAGUCGCAGCCUGACGACUCGCAGUGUGCUAGUUACUACGUGUCCUGUUCAAGCCCCGGAGAGCGCCUAACACUUUUAUGAUUGAUGCGUCGGCGUGGCUGCGACACAACAGGGAAGAAUGGGGUGCUGAGACCAGCAAAAGAAAUGAAUUUACAGAAGAACACCACAGAGUUCGUGUGCCAUCAACCAUGUACAAGGGAGAGCGGGCGCUUAGGGAAAGGCCUGCCGGACUCAAAAGGCGGAGGGAGAGGACUUGCCACCGGACUGAAUACUGCCGUUUACAUUGCUUAGAGCAUUUGACUACUUUAUCUGAGGCCAAAAUUUGCACACAGCUAUCAAGUACUCAGUUCAGUUUGUCACUAUUGAAAUGAUCAUGAGUGAGUCCACAAUGUGUCAUGUUUGUCCCCGGUGUGCCAUUACCAUACAGUGAUCUUUAUUUACAGUAAAUUAAGUUUCACGUAAAUUAUAUAUUUUUGGCAAAAUGCAAUCUUUUCUAUGAAAUGUGGGUAACAUUUUUAAAGGUUCUUAAGCCUUAUUUUGAUAAGUCAGUGUGCCACACUUACUGUAUAUCAUUGAUAUUUGUACCCUAAAUGUAUUAUAUAAUUCCCCCCCCUUAGGCAAGAAACCAAUCGGAACCCAAGACUUACUCAGCGAAGCUUUGCACCGAGAAAGGAUGGAGCUGAAGUCCAAAGUGAAACAGAUAAAGGACCUUUUGAUGAAGCCUGAGACUCUGGCCAAGAUUAGGAAGGAGCUUUUUGAA